AUGCAGUUUGGUGGAGAGUUGGCUGUCCGCUUCGAAACGGCGGAGCACAUAUCGGCCUGUGAAGGCUGGAAAUUUCCCAACGAGAGAGCCACACAAGGUCACUGUUUGAGGCUCAAGAGAUACGAGUCCCCAUUAGCAACCACAUACGUGGUUGAAAGAACGUCACUCGCAACAUCCGAAAAGAUCAAGAGUGCAGUUGCCCGUGGAUUCCCGAAGGACGACUUUCACCUCUACCAACAGGUAGAGGGAACAACGCUCCUAGACACGUUCUUUAUCGUGUUUGAGAAAAAACCCAGUGAGUAUGUCACUCAGCUGGUGUUCAGAGAUUCCAAAGGCAACAAAGGGGAUCCAUUGGUCAGCGAAGGUCUUGAAAGACACUGA